CCGACCGAUACGCGGGAGUGUGGUGAUGGCGGUGUCCGCGAUGCCACAUCCUCCAUACAGUGCCGUGGUGUUUAUUUCAUUAUAUUACUCGUCUUCGCUUGGCCUUAGUUACCUCUCUUCCUCUGGCGCUGUUGAGCAAGCUUCCUUUCCUUCCCGCUCGCGGACUGACAUUUUGAAGGCCGAUUUUUUUUGGAAGAAAGGCGUAUACGGUUAUUGUAACUUAUAAGCAACGUGCCGCGGGUUGCUUGCGAUUAUCUUAUAUCCUGUCGUAAUUUUUGUUUCUUCAAUAGCUUACGAGAGCUCCGGUUUAUAUUUAAUGUUGUGAGCGGCUAUGUAUAUAUUUUGACGGCUGCCGUACAAUAGAAUGAUGGCUUAACCAUCAACACUGACACCCCGCUAAUCCGCAGAACAGCAACGUUUAUUUUCGACACGCAUAGCCGAAUGGACGUGGUGAGAAUAAGUGACAACGUACCAAUGCUGAAGAGGAAUCCACCUAUCAGGAGGUGGAGGAUGUGCAGCUCUUAGGCAGUGGGGGAGCAAAGCCCAUCAUGGGUACACUCUACAUGACUGCCACCCAUCUCAUCUUCGCAAAGAAGCCAAGCCUGCAGCGAGCAGACCAUCGGGAAACUUGGCUGGCACACAGCCUUUUGGCAUCGCUCGAGAGGCUACCACCGGCUGGCGCUGGCGGCCCACUGUUGCUCCUGCACACCAAGACCUUCCGCUCACUGCACCUGAAGUUCCAGUGCGAGCAAGACUGCCAGGACGUGCAGCUGUCUAUUGUCAAGCUCUGCCGUCCCGCCCACCACCGGGACCUGUUCGCCUUCUCGUACAGCCCUCGGGUGAGAGCCACCGAUCGCGAGGAAGGAUGGACCUUGCUGGACCUACGCUCCGAGUUCCGGAGAAUGGGUGUACCCAACAAGCACUGGAAGCUCACGGACAUCAACGCAAACUACGAGGUGUGCGGGACGUACCCUGCGGACCUGUUCGUGCCGUGCAUCUCCACCGACAUCGUCCUGGGCAGCGCUCGCUUCCGCAGCAAGGCUCGCUUCCCGACCCUGUCCUACCUUCACGCGCACAACGGGGCGGCGAUCUGCCGAUGCAGCCAGCCACUCUCGGGUUUCAGCACCCGCUGCGCUGAGGACGAGCAGCUACUGCAAGCCGUGUGGCGGGCGAAUCCGGGACCGGGGCAUGAGACACUGUACGUCGUCGACACCCGGCCUAAGUUGAAUGCAAUGGCAAACCGCGCGGCGGGGAGAGGCUACGAAAACGAAGAGAACUACGCCAACAUUCGCUUUGAAUUCCUCGGCAUCGAGAACAUCCACGUGAUGCGCAGCAGCCUCGCGAAGCUGCUGGACGUGAGCCAGGCUCGGGGACUGAGCCAGCGUGAGUUUGUGUCGGGACUAGAGGCAUCGGGCUGGCUCCGGCACAUCCAGACCAUCUUGCAGGCCUCCACAGCGGUCGCCAGCGCGGUGAGCGACAAGGGCGUGAGCGUGCUGGUCCACUGCUCCGAUGGCUGGGACCGCACCGCCCAAGUGUGCUCCGUCGCUGAGAUCCUCCUGGACCCCUACUACCGCACCCUGCGCGGGUUUCUGGUCCUCAUUGAAAAGGAGUGGAUUUCUUUCGGACACAAAUUCAGCCAGAGGUGCGGCUUCGUCGAGGGCGACGCCAGGGAGGUUUCUCCGGUCUUCCUGCAGCUCCUGGAAUGCGUGUGGCAACUCUCGCUGCAGUUCCCCUGCGCCUUCGAGUUCUCGGAGCGGCUGCUCACCAGCGUGCACGCCCACACGCACUCCUGCCAGUUCGGAAACUUCCUGGGAAACUGCGAGCGCGAGCGUGCCCAGCUCAGGGUGAAGGAGAAAACAUAUUCGCUCUGGGCUUUUCUGUGGGACAAACGGGAAGAGUUCUACAACCCGCUGUACCGCGCCGAUCACAGGCAGAACCGCGGCGUGCUCAAGCCCAACCUGGCUCCACAGUGCUUCAGGUUUUGGCGAGGGAUGUUCGAUGCUCAGGAUGGAGCGUCGUAUUCACGGCCACAGGUCGCUGAAGCUGUGUCGAAGCUGCAGAAGAAAACGCAAAGACUUCAAGGCGAAGUUACAGAGAUGGAGAAGACCUUCACAGGACUGGGAGGCACGCUACCGAAGCAGCGCUCGCCCAGCCCAAUCGGCGCUAAAAACCGCAAAGCGGCCGCCGAACUCACCCGCCUCAUGGUGGCUCCCGAGUGGCAGGCGGCCGGCGCCGGCGCCGGCGGCGGCGGCGGCACUUGGCUCUCGGCCGCCAGCGAAGGGGGCAAGAGCGGGAACGGCAAGGCCGAUGACAGCUCCAGCGUGCAGGACGCCGAGUCGGACUGGUCGGCGCAGAACAGCGACCAGGAGUCGGGAAUCGCGGACGUGAGCCGGUCCUCGCCGAACGGGGAGGACGGCCAGGCGGGCGACGACACCGGCGGCAGCCAGGGCCGUGGAUGAGUCGCGGGCGCAAGUUGGCGCGAUGUGAGACCGGGGGAUGGGCGGUGACCGAGACGUGAGGAAAAUUUUUCACGCAAAGGUACACGGGAGUUAGAUGCUUGUCGCAAUUGUUUCUUCUUUUAAGAGGAGAAUGUAAUUUUUUUUUGUAUGUUUUCUAUUUUUUAUGCCGUUUUGUUCAAGUGUUUUUCCGUGUCUUCACUUUUCACGUAAACAACAUCUGUUUGUCAACCAUUAACUUUGCACUGCUGAGCUAAGGCCUCCAUAAUUUCCUUACAUUUAUUCCUUUUCCUUAGUUGUAAAACAAAAAGUGGCCUGUAGUGGCCUCUAAGUAUUUUAAUUUUAAAACUGCAUCUAUGUAUUCCUAAAUGCUAGAUACUCUAUUCAUAUUCUUGAUACACUGAACAAGGCAAAUGCUUACCAUUAGUGUUUUAAGCCUUCUAACUUGUCCUGUGUGUAUGUUAAACUUCUUUCGCACCGUACGUAGCCAACUGUGCUCAAACAUUUUUUAUCCAAGUUCACUUCACAUAUCUGCCCUAGGUAUAUAUCCUCUCAAGUAUACGAGUGCGCAAGUUGGAAUAAAACUCGGCUGAUUGGAAUGUUUUCUAAAAACGGACGUUAAUUGUGAAAAGAGGCACAGCAACGUGCUAAUAGAAGAACGUUUUAAAUCAGUGGCGCGUCAGCUGCUGCGGCAUAGCGAGAGAAACUUGGACAUGGACAAAGAAAAUUAAACAAAAGUUGAAAAAGUGUCCAAAGGAGGACGCGUCGCUGGAAGGGGGGCGAUGGGCAGCGGUGAGGACUCGUGAUAGAGGUGGCAGCCAAAUUAAGGGGAGGUGACUGAGAGAACGUCAACAAUCGAGGUGGAGCGAUACGAUCACCUCGUGUGCAGGAGAGACCCACUGUCGCGUCGCAGGACUACGAGUGGUGGUGGACGCUUGAGGAUGCUUUCAUGUAGCAGUCGAUAGGUCAUGGCUGAUCAUUUAGAUGUGUGUGUUAAGUCGCAUUGUAAUUUCAGUAUUACACGGCAAGACAAUUAAUCGAGGCUUGAAACGUCGUUGUUUAGUUUGCACACCAAAGACUGUUUCCCUUAUAAACCGGAUUCCCAAAACAAAAUCUCAAUGACAAUCAAAAUUAAACCCAGCGCAAAUACCGGGGGCACGUUGCAAAACUGUGAAGCUCAUCGCCUGGAUUAUCUCCCAGGAUUUCCACAAACCUUGAGGUAAGAGCUUCACCUGCAGCGAUGUAUCUCAAAGGGCACUCUCGGCCCUCGCCAAAACUGCUUGAGCUUUGACCUUUGACCUCAGUCUGGUUAUCAGCAUUGGCAGAGGGACAGAGGAACACAAAGAGGCCCAUCCAGGCCCUCCGCGCUUCGUGCCACUGUGUGGCAGGGGUUAUUAAAUGGGUGUACCGUGUGGGUAAAUUACGUUUCUCCCACUCUUUAAACUUAACUGCUAACUGAAUUUUUUUUUUUAUUUUACCAGGUAAGGCCCACUGAGCUUCAUAGCUCUUUUUCAGAAGCGACCUGGCGACAAAUAAUCGCUCAACGAAGUGGCUUACCGUGUAGAUAUUUAUAGCAGCCAAAUACUCUUUCCUACUCAAUUGGAGUGGAUUUAAUGUGAAGGCCGCAAAUGCACUUUUUUAUUUUGUUUACCAACUUAUUAAAGUUGUGCUGUGGGCAUCAAGUCAUGAGAUUGAAUUCAUUCGGAAAUCUCACAGAGCAGUGUGUCCGCUCUGUCAGACAGUGGCUGCAGAUGCGGUUUUUCAGACAAGAAUCCUUCAAGGGGCCUGUUUAUCCUCUACACCCAGUAGCUCUGCUAUGAGAUUGUUCGUCGCAUGAUAAUCAAGCCGAUAUUAAUUCCUACAGGUGGAAUUCAGCCAGAUUAGGUGCAAAUUUUAAUUCGAUAUUGAGCCUUUUGUGCAGUAAGGUGAUUGCCGAGCUGACUAAUUUACCGCAAGUAUUCGAUACCCAGCAAACUAAAUAUUGGAUUUCAUCGCAGCUCUUAUAAAGCACCCAACCAUGGAGUAGGGUUCUCGAAGGUUUUCCGUCACUCUCUCAGUGGGAGAAUUUUCCCCCAGUAAUUUUUUUCCUGUGGAAGCUGCGUGUAAGAAUGGACCAAACACCUUUAAGCGAACUUCUCAACCUAGGCUUUCACAAAUACCAUUUUCCCGCUACUCGAGGCUACACAUCAUUACAAGUAUAUCAGAUAACCCUCGGUAGCAUUAUUGUUUACUUUUUGUAUUGAUUUUUUUAAAGUAUUUGAGAUGAAUCUCUUUAUUAAUCGUUCGUGCUUUUUUGAGCUGGGACAAAGUUUACGACGGACUAAGUUGCAGAGUAUUAACGUGUGUUAGUAAUGCUCCUGUCAGCAAACACACUACGACUGCAACAACAGAAGACGAGACGCCUGUGGGAGUUUAACGCCCCGAUAAAGUGGAAAGCCCAAUUACGAGUCUCUUUGAAGCCUGCGGUCGUGGGAACACGUCCCGCCUUGAACCGUAAGGAGGGUGGGGGGCAGCCAGUGCUGUGAUCAAAAGUACUCGUAAAUUCCAAUGAUGCAUACAAUUAUAAGCUAAGUGAUGUUACGUAGUAAUAAUGAUAAUCUUCUGCCCUGUGUCAAUCCAGUGCCGGAUGAAGGCCCUCCCCGUGCCAUUUUGGAUCAUGGCGGAGGUGGGGGAGGAGGCUAUUUGACCAUACUUCACCAUGCUGGACAGUGCGGGUUUAUCGAAAGGGAAAGAGAAGGGUUGCAGAUGGCAACUCACCACUGAUGUGAGCCGUGGCUUGGAAGGAAACUCAGGUCGCCCGGUUCAUAGCGCAGUGCACACUAAUCCAUGCGACGCCGCUCAUGGAGUACGUGACAUUUUCACGUGAAAAAAUAUUUUACCUUCAAAUUGUAUUUACCUUCGCUUACAUUAUAACUGGGUGUAAUGAUGUCUAUAAAGUACCUGCAAUACCCUAUUUAUUACACACUGGUGUAAUUAGUUGUUCGUUUGUCUGAGUUGUAGAAUUGAACGAUGGAGUACACGUGUCAUUUCUAGGUAUAAUGUAUACACACAAAAUAAAUUACCACAGGAACCUGUUGUGGCCAA